UGGCGGCUGCGACCGAUCAGAAGCGGGACGCCAACUAUUCGUUUUGAGCUUUCUCACGUAAACCGAGACCGGGGCUUUACGGGACUACUUCUUUGGAAUCUACGCAAAUCAAGCUUUCUGGCGGUACCCGUUUUUCUGGGUUCUGUGAAGGCUAAAUAAACGCAAAAAUUGAAAUAGAAAAUAAUAGCUUUUAUAUAUAAUGAGGGGGAAAAGAGGCAGGCCGCCCAAAACCCUGCGGAUGCAGGAGCCUUCAUCCGAGCCGGAGCGUGGCUUGAGACCCAGGAGGGAGUUGAGGGCAAAGGGGAGAGGUAGUGCCGAGGUCGAUUUUGAGAGUCCCAAGAGGGGAAAUAACUCAUCAUCGAGGGGCAGGAGAAAAGUGGGAUCAUCUCGCGGUAGGGGCAGAGGUGGUGGUGGCAGAGGUACUAGGGGCAGACGGUCAAUCGCUAGAUCUGUGGUUUAUGAUGAUCAUGAAAGUGAUGAAGAUGAUGAUGCUGUGAGUUUGAGAUCUGAGGAGGACGAGUUGAUAGAGGAAGAGACGAUAACAGACGAGGAAGAAGAGGCCCUCAACGAGGAGUCAGACCCGCUUGAGGAAAUACUCGAGGAGGAUGAUGAUGCCAGCUACUGUACUGAAAGCAGCUUUCGGAGUCAGAGCACUCAUGGCAGCACUCCGGGGCGGAAGAGGACGCGGGUGCACUGCCCUCGCUCGCCCAUCUUUGAGGAAAAGGAGAUCCCUCCUCUGGAGCUGCCCAGAACCUCUAAGGACCUCACGGUGCCCAGCGAGGAACUGCUCAACGUGUCCUCCAUCUACGAGGUCCUGCGCAACUUCAGCACGGUGCUGCGGCUCUCUCCCUUCCGCUUUGAGGACUUCUGUGCUGCGCUGGUAGGCCAGGAGCAGUGCACGCUGAUGGCAGAGACCCACACUGCCCUGCUGAAGGCCAUCCUGCGUGAAGAGGACACCUCCAACACCACGUUCGGUCCUGCUGACCUCAAGGACAGCGUCAACUCCACCCUCUACUUCAUUGAUGGUAUGACGUGGCCCGAGGUGGUCCGUGCCUACUGCGAGAGCGACCAGGAGUACCACCAUGUCCUGCCCUACCAGGAGGUGGAGGACUACCCCUACGGCCCUCUGGACAGUAAGAUCAAGGUGCUGCAGUUCUUGGUGGAUCAGUUCCUCACCACCAACAUCGCCCGUGAGGAGUUGAUGUCAGAGGGGGUGGUGCAGUAUGAUGACCACUGCAGGGUGUGCCACAGAUUGGGGGACCUGCUGUGCUGUGAGACCUGCUCUGCAGUCUACCACCUGGAGUGUGUGAAGCCGCCGCUGGUAGAGGUGCCGGAGGACGAAUGGCAGUGUGAGAUCUGCGUGGCACACAAGGUGCCCGGGGUCACAGACUGUGUGACAGAGAUGCAGAAGAGCAAACCCUACAUCCGCCAGGAGCCCAUCGGCUACGACCGCCACCGGAGGCAAUACUGGUUCCUAAACCGAAGGAUAAUUGUUGAGGAGGACGGGGAGCAUGAGAAGAAGAAGAUCUGGUACUACAGCACAAAGGUCCAGCUGGGAGAACUGAUAGAGUGUCUAGACAAGGAGUACUGGGAAAACGACCUGUGUGCCGUCCUCGAGGAGAUGAGAGAGGAGGUGCACACUCACAUGGACAUCACUGAGGACCUCACCAACAAGGCCCGCGGCAACAACAAGGCCUUCCUCACGGCAGCCAACGAUGAGAUCCUGGAGCGUGUGCAGGGCAGGCAGGAACGGCGAGCAGCGGAGCAGGCAGAGAAGGCCACUACAGACACCACCAAGAUAGAGGAAGAGACCCCCACACACUGCUCUCCACUACCAGACCACAGAGAGCUCCAAGACCCCGAGUAUAAAGAGGACGCAAGCUCACAAGGGAAGACUGGAGUUGCUCUUCUAUCAGUUGCAGCUCCCCCUGCUGGAGAAGAGAACACCACCGUCCACCUCCCUAAGCCUGGCUCGUCCACCCAGGACGGCACUCUCCCUAGACAUGAACCCCCUAAGCCUGCUGAGGUGUCCUGCUCUGCCGUCUCUGAGAGCAGGGAGAGUGGGGAGGCCUCCAUGGAGCCUGAGCAGGAGAGGCCAGAUGAUAAGCCUGUAGACUCAGAGUCCCAUGGAGAGGAGGACCCCUCUGCCCAGUGCCAGCCUACUCCCACACCACAACACCCUGGAGACGAGAACAGCAACAGCAGCCACAUCUCAGCGCCUGGGGUCCUCAGGAGGCCUGAAGAGCCAAACCUCGCUGACAGGUCCUCUCAAUCCUCCAUCACCAGCCAGGACGACACGGGUGAAGGCAAGGAGAGUGGGAAUGGUGAGUGGUCAGUGUCUGGACGGACUAACAAUCACAUAGUGACUCGUCUGCGUAACCCGGACAGCAAGCUGAGCCAGCAGAAGACCCAGGGAGAUGGCAGCCCUACAUCCAGGGACAGCAAGGAGACAUCUCCUCCCAGCUCUGAGAGUGAAGUGGCUCGUCUGGCUACUGUGAAGAAAGAAUUGACGGCGAAGGGCAACCUGAACAACUUCUUCAAGCUGGGCCAGGAGGGCAAGUUCCGAGUCUACCACAACCAGUUCAGCACCAACACACUGGGCCUCAACAAGCACCAGCAUCGUGAGGACCACGACAAGCGCCGCCACCUCUCCCAUAAGUUCAGCCUAACCCCCGCCGGGGAUUUUAAGUGGAACGGCUCCAUCCACGGCUCCAAGGUGCUGACCAUCUCCACCCUGCGGCUCACCAUCAUCCAGCUGGAGACCAAUGUCCCCGCCCCCUUCCUGCACCCAAACUGGGCCUCGCACAGGACAAACUGGAUUAAAGCGGUGCAGAUGUGCAGUAAGGCUCGGGAGUUUGCCUUGGCGCUGGCCAUCAUGGAGUGUGCCAUCAAACCAGUGGUCAUGCUGCCUGUCUGGAAAGAUGCGCUUGGACACACCAGGCUCCAUCGCAUGACCUCCAUGGAGCGGGAGGAGAAAGAGAAGGGGAAAAAGAGAGAGAAAAAACUGGAGGAUGAGGAGACUAUGCAGCAGGCCACCUGGGUGAAGUACACCAUCCCCAUCAAACACCAGGUGUGGAAGCAGAAGGGGGAGGAGUACAGAGUAACUGGGUACGGGGGCUGGAGCUGGGUCAGUAAGACUCACGUCCAUCGCUUUGUUCCCAGGCUACCAGGGAACACCAACGUCAACUACCGCAAAGCACUCGAAGCAGCUAAAACUGGCAAAGAAAAUGCAACAUCCGGCCCAAACAAACUAAAAUGUUUGCCCAAAGCACCAACAAGCACGGAAAUCCAGGCAAAAGAAGAGUCUACUCCAAUUACUGAAGAAAAAGACAAGGAGGAAACCUCCACCAUGGAGUCAUCUGGGAGCACUUCACCAGGAGAGGGGCAGACUCUGAAAGAGAAGGAAGAGAAAAAUAUCACAGAGAAGGUGGAGGAGAAGAAAGAUGAUCAGGUGGAGGAGAAGACUGAGGACAAGAUGGAUGUUGACUCUAGUCCACCAUACACCUGUCUCAGUGAGGAAAAAGGUAUAGUGGACAGCAAAUGCCCCUCGUCACUGACUGACCCUGCUGUGAAGGAGGAGCCCGGGGAGGAAGAAGAACCUAAGCAGGAGGACUCUGAGGCCAAGCCACCUGUCCGCCCAUUCAACUGGGAUGUGGUGAACGUCAGCGAGGGCUUCCAGCUCCGUACGGCCUACAAGAAGAAGGUGAAGACGUCCAAGCUCGACGGGCUGCUGGAGCGCAGAGUGAAACAGUUCACCCUGGAGGAGAAGCAGAGGCUAGAGCGCCUCAAACAGCAGUCAGCCCUGGCCAAACACACAGUCUCCAAGGAGAAAGUUAAUACAGGGACUCCCACCACCAUCAAGACUGAAGCUUCUACAGCAGACAAGUUAGCAGUGACACCGUGCACUAGUCUGAAAGCUGAGGGACAAGCAGACUCAGUAGUUAAAGACACAAUUGUUAAAAGGCUUGACUUUGACCAGGAGCAGCCAGUGAAAUCCCAGCCCUCAGGAGAGACAGAUAAUCUAGACGUCAGAUUAGGCUCCACCUGUAAACCCCAGGCAGCAGGAGCCACAGGCCCCAACCUCAACACCACAGGGUUGGCCAACCAUGAGAGCAGCGUUCAGGGCAAUGGUGGGGAUGCGUUAUCUCAAACAGAGCUGAAUGGAGGCUCCCAGAAAAGCAUAGACCUCAACAACAAAGUCAAUUUGACAUCUGUAGAAUCGGCUUUAGGUGCGGCUAAACCUCCCAGAGCAGAAGUGACGAUAGCAGGAGAAAACGGUAGGAAGCAAGGUUAUGAGGAGACAGAGCAAGGUAAUGGACAGAGGGAGAUAGAAAGCAUGGACGUAGACCAAAGCAAACAACAUUUAGUGCAGGUGAACGGGAAAGACGCUGUUGACACCAAGGCUCCUGUAGACUCAAAGAUGCACUUAGACCUGGCCAACAAUGUGGACACCAAGGUCAUGCUCCAGACGUUAGAGGGUGAGAUCAAAACACUGCCAGUGAAGGAGCCUGUAAAAUCCAUUAUGAACGGUACUCUCUCUCAGGACGGGUUAAAGGUCAACAACACUGUGUUAGCCACAAGCCCAGCCUUGGCGGACGUAGAGAGAAAGGUUGUGGUGUCCGAGCCUGACUAUCUGCCACCUCAGAAGGUUGCCAGACUGGAGAAUAAUGGCGACAGGGUGGCAGACUCCGUCACGUCGUCAAUGUUAGGGCCUCCCACUGGUGUUCCCACGGUAAGCAACAGCACCAAGUCUGAGCCAAUGGAGAUUGGGCAGACGGCAUCCAAUAAGAUCAGCUUGAGUAACAACACCACAGAGAACAGCAGUAGCAGUACUGGGGUGCUGAAGACCAUCACUCAAGUCACCACAACCACUACUACCACCAUGUCAACAGAGUCUCGCACGGUGCAGAUAGCCGAGGUCUCCAGCAGCACUAAGCCUGCAGUGACGCCUGCUGCAGAGAGCAGUGCUGUGUCCACCCUCACCACCAUGACCAAGACCACCGUCACCAGGGUCAGCUCCCCGACCCUCGGGGCCGCCGAGGAGACCAAGACUGUUGUCACUGCAACGUUGACAGAUGCCAAAUCUGGCCCCUCAGGCUCUUCAGUCACCUCCAUGACAGUCAGUAAGGAGUACUCCACCAGUGACCGUGUCCGGCUGCUAAAGUUCUCCCGCUCCAAGAAGACCCGCUCUGGCACGGCCCUCCCCUCUUACCGCAAGUUUGUCACCAAGAGUAGCAAGAAGAGCAUCUUUGUACUGCCUAAUGAUGACCUGAAGAAGCUGGCGAGGAGAGGGGGCAUCAGAGAGGUACCCAUCUUCAACUACAACGCCAAGCCAGCCCUGGACAUCUGGCCCUAUCCCUCCCCCAGACCCACCUUUGGAAUCACGUGGAGAUACCGUCUCCAGACUGUGAAGUCUCUGGCGGGGGUCAGUCUGAUGCUGCGGCUGCUCUGGGCCUGCCUGAGGUGGGAUGACAUGGCUGUCAAGCCCUCCCCUGCUGUAGGAACCACCCGCACAGAAUCCUCGGAGACGGCAAUCACCACAACAGAGAUCAUCAAGCGGCGAGAUGUGGGGCCGCACGGCAUCCGGUCUGAAUACUGCAUCAGGAAGAUCAUCUGCCCCGUUGGCGUUACCGAUGCUCCCAAAGAAACUCCCACUCCCCAGAGGAAAGGCCUGCGCUCCAGCGCUCUGAGGCCAAAGAAGCCUGAGCCGGCCAAGCAGACUGGGCCCAUCGUCUUAGAGACGUGGGUGGCCGAGGAGGAGCUGGAGAUCUGGGAGAUCAGAGCCUUUUCAGAAAGGGUGGAGAGGGAGAAGGCCCAGGCUGCAGACCAGGCUAAGAAACGGUUGGAGCAACAGAAGCCUGGUGCCACCACCUCCACCUCCACCCCCACCAGCACCCCUACAACCUCAGCCUCUGGCACUCCGGCAUCCCUGACCAGCCAGGUCACCCCGGGGACUAAACUGGUCCUGGCCACCAAGCUGGGGACACCUGUCACAUUCCAGCAGAACAAGAACUUCCAUCAGUCGUUUGCUUCCUGGGUCAAGCAGGGCCAGGGUAGUCCAGGUAUGGUGCAAGUCCAGCAGAAUGUCCUGGGCAUUAUUCCAUCCAGUACCCCAGGCAACCAGCGGACAUACUCCUCAUUCCAGAACCGCAACGCAACCAUCAACAUCAGACCCAACACCUCCACCUCAACCACCACUCAGCCGGUCAUUGCCACCGGAGCCCAGAUCCGUCCGGGCAUGUCGGUGAUCCGAUCGCCCCUGCAGCAGGGCACCACCAUGGGCAAAACCAUCAUCAGAACCCCCUUGAUGAUGCAACAAGGUAUUCUACCAGCCAGCCAGCAGCAGGUGGUGACUCAGAUCAUCCGGGGCCAACCUGUCUCCACAGCAGUUUCCAGUGCCAGCCCUGUGCAGACCAGCGCAGGCCAGAGGAUGCUGGGUGCCGCCCCGUCCCCCCGUCCUGUCACCCCUGCCUCCGGGCAGUCCCCAUCACCAUCCACCCCCCAAGGCGGCCGACCACAGCAGGGCCAGGUCAAACUCACCCUGGCCCAGCUCACCCAGCUAACGCAGGGGGCACAGGGAGGGAACCAGGGUCUCACAGUAGUAAUCCAGGGACAGGGCCAGACCACAGGCCAGCUGCAGGUCAUCCCCCAGGGGGUGACAGUCAUCCCAGGCCCUGGGCAGCAGCUCAUGCAGGCUGCCAUGCCCAACGGCCAGGUGCAGCGCUUCCUCUUCACCCCAGGGGCAACAGCCCAUGUCCCCAACCCCGCCACCACGACCAGUGCUGCUGUCACCCCCGUCACAGCCACCACAACAACACCCUCAGGGCCAGCACUGUCUCAGCCUCCGGUUCAGACUCCCGCCACCUCUCAAGCACCGGCACCACCAGUCCAGCCCCCUCAACAGGCUAUCGCUCGUGUCCAGCCCCCUCAACAGGCUAUCGCUCGUGUCCAGCCCCCUCAACAGGCUAUCGCUCGUGUCCAGCCCCCUCAACAGGCUAUCGCUCGUGUCCAGCCCCCUCAACAGGCUAUCGCUCGUGUCCAGCCCCCUCAACAGGCUAUCGCUCCAGUCCAGCCCCCUCAACAGGCUAUCGCUCCAGUCCAGCCCCCUCAACAGGCUAUCGCUCCAGUCCUGCCCCCUCAACAGGCUAUCGCUCCAGUCCAGCCCCCUCAACAGGCUAUCGCUCCAGUCCAGCCCCCUCAACAGGCUAUCGCUCCAGUCCAGCCUCCUCAACAGGCUAUCACUCCAGUCCAGCCCCCUGCCCUCGUUCCUGCCCCCCCUCCAGUGUCCACACAUCAGACUCAACCCCCUCAGACUCAAGUCCACAUCCCCCUCCAGUCCCCAACUGCAUUACCCAUCCAGCAGAUAGCCCAGAUCCCAACCUCUCCACAACCGGUCCAUAUGAAGACUCUCUCGGUCUCCCCCUCUGUCACCCAGGCCACAGUGAGGCCCAUUCAGGCCCAUGCUCAACUCCAGCCCCAGGUUCCGGCUCAGAUCAGGCCCCAGCAGCAGCUGCAGCUCCACCACCAACCCCAGCUGAUCACAGUGCCGGGGCUGCAGCAGCAGGUCCAGGUGCUGGGCACCAUCCAGACCCACGUUGCGGCCCAGCUCCAGGCCCAGCAGGGUGGGGCGGUGCCCCAGCAGAUCAAGCUGCAGCUGCCUAUCCAGAUCCAGCAGGCAGGAGGCCAGGUGCAGGCCCACCAGAUCCAGAACGUGGUGACCAUCCAGACGGCCAGCGUGCAGGACCACCUGCAGAGGAUCCAGCAGCUCAGAGAGCAGCAGCAGAAGAAGAAGCAGCAGGAGGCCAAAAGGGAGCAGAGCCUGCAGGCCUCCAGCCCCAGCGACAUCAUCCAGAAACAGGUGGUGAUGAAGCAGAAUGCUGUGAUAGAAAAUCUGAAACAGAGGAAGACCAUGACUCCAGCAGAGCGGGAGGAGAACCAGAGAAUAAUCGUCUGCAACCAGGUUAUGAAGUUCAUCCUGGACAAGAUCGACAAGGAUGAGAAGCAGGCGGCUAAGAAGAGGAAGAAGGAGGAGUCUGUGGAGCAGAAACGCAGCAAGCAGAAUGCCACCAAGCUCUCGGCUCUGCUCUUCAAGCACAAAGAGCAGCUCAAGGCUGAGAUCCUGAAGAAGAGGGCUCUACUGGACAAGGAGCUGCAGCUGGAGGUUCAGGAGGAGCUGAGGAGGGACAUCAGCAGGCUGAGGAAGGAGAAGGAGAAGGCCCAAGCUGCAGCCUCUCAGGCAGCCGCUGCCACAGCCCAGGUGGCCUCAUCCCUCUCCCCCACCAUGGCCUCGCCCUCCUCCGCCCACAAACGCAAGAGGGACGACGAGAGGGACUCGUCCUCCACCAAGCCCAAGAAGAAGAAGAUGAUAUCCACUACCUCAAAGGAUCACAAGAAGGAAGUGAAGCUGUACUGUGUCUGUAAAACGCCCUAUGACGAGGCCAAGUUCUACAUUGGGUGCGACCUGUGCUCCAACUGGUUCCACGGUGCGUGUGUGGGCAUCACGGAGAAGGAGGCCAAGAAGAUGGAUGACUACGUCUGUAAUGGCUGCAAGCAGGGCCAGGACUCACAGGACUCAGAGGGCACCACGGAGGAGCUGUACUGCAUCUGCCGGACGCCAUAUGAUGAAACACAGUUUUACAUUGGCUGCGACCGUUGCCAGAAUUGGUACCAUGGGCGCUGUGUGGGCAUUCUGCAGAGUGAGGCCACCCACAUAGACGAGUACGUGUGCCCGCAGUGUCAAUCCACGGAGGACGCCAUGACGGUCCUCACACCGUUAACCGACAAGGACUACGAGGGUUUAAGAAGAAUCCUGCGCUCCUUACAGGCUCACAAAAUGGCGUGGCCGUUCCUUGAACCAGUAGAUCCCAACGAUGCUCCUGAUUAUUAUGGCGUUAUAAAGGAACCGAUGGACCUCUCCACAAUGGAAGACAAAUUACAGAAACGGUAUUACAACAAGCUCACUGAGUUUGUGGCGGACAUGACCAAAGUCUUUGACAACUGCCGCUACUACAACCCCAACGACUCCCCCUUCUUUCAGUGUGCCGAAGUUCUGGAGUCAUUCUUUGUACAGAAGCUCAAAGGUUUCAAAGCUAGCAGGUCUCAUAACAACAAACUACAGACUUCGACCUCUUAGUAUAUACCACAUAUUUGAACAACAAAAAAAUGCACUCUGCGAGAAUUGGGUUAAAUUCUGAACUAUUAAUCUAUGUUGGGACCUGGCUUCUGUGCUUUGUGACCUCCUCCCUCCUUCUGGCCCCACUACUCAGCCCCCAAAGGAAGAUUCUCCCUGUAAGACCAGCAGCGCUGCUCCCACAGAACUGUCAGGUGGAGCUGCUGCCUGCCCACCUCUGCCACAUGGACAUUUGACAAGGGGUUAAAAUGGAGGGUUUGAAUAAAGGCAUUUCUGAAAAAGGUUACCUUGAAGAAAAUACUUUCUUUGGCGAUCUCAUGUUUCCUUUUUUGUUCUUGAUUUGAGUCUUUGUUACCCCUCUAGCCAGUUGAAGAAAUUAAGAAAAGCUUAAGCUUCCAUGCCCAUAAAAACAACAACAUUUGACGCCUGUUUGAACGUUGAAAAAUGUUGAGCUGAGUUGCACUCAGUGUAUCAGAUUGCACAGUGACACUUGUGUGUCUAUACCCUUUCAAUCACUUUAUUAGAGGUGGUGUGAAAGAUACAUCUCAUUGGGAAGGACUUGCUUGAGUUUGGACCUACUAGCUUUUUGGACACUAAUAGUUUGAAUUUCAGUCAAGCUAUGCUGAAAGGAAUAAAGUAUUUGGUAUUAAUUGCCCAGCAGUAAUGACACAAACACAAUAUGUAUUUGAAGGUAUCCUGCCCUGUUUGUAAAACUUGUCAGAUUUUGAAUUUUUGUUUUUGUAUUACAGCUGAAGAGAUUGAUGUAUAUUAAACAUAAUAAAUGGAGAAGACUGAGCUCUCUUCCACUA